CCCUCGUCUCCCCGCGCCUGUGGGGACCCUAACCCUACGCCUGUGUCCGGAGGAGGCCGGCGUCCAGCAGAUGCACGCGGCACCAUGGCCCGGAGCAGGGCACUGCUGUUCCUAUUGCUGUUGCCACCGCAGCUGGGACUGCUGAGCUCGGUCAGGUCUCCAGGGUUUGGCCGAAGUGGUGCCCACAGCCUGAGCCCUGAAGAGAACGAAUUCAUGGAGGAGCCAGUGUUGGUCCUGAGCCCCGAGGAGCCAGGGCCCGGUCCUGCUACCAUCAACUGCCCCCGAGACUGUGCCUGCUCCCAAGAAGGUGUUGUGGACUGUGGUGGCAUCGACCUGCGCGAGUUCCCAGGGGACCUGCCCGAGCACACCAACCAUCUGUCUCUGCAGAACAACCAGCUGGAGAAGAUCUACCCCCAGGAGCUUUCCAGGCUGCAUCGGCUGGAAACUCUGAACCUCCAGAACAACCGCCUGACUUCCCGAGGGCUCCCGGAGGAGGCAUUUGAGCAUCUGACCAACCUCAAUUACCUGUAUUUGGCCAAUAACAAGCUGACCCUGGCACCCCGGUUCCUGCCAAACACCCUGAUCAGCGUGGACUUUGCCGCCAACUAUCUCACCAAGAUCUAUGGGCUCACCUUUGGCCAGAAGCCAAACUUGAGGUCCGUGUACCUGCACAACAACAAGCUGGCGGACGCCGGGCUGCCCGACCACAUGUUCAACGGCUCCAGCAAUGUCGAGAUCCUCAUUCUGUCCAGCAACUUCCUGCGCCACGUGCCCAAGCACCUGCCACGUGCCCUCUACAAGCUGCACCUCAAGAACAACAAGCUGGAGAAGAUCCCACCAGGUGCCUUCAGUGAGCUGAGCAACCUGCGUGAACUGUACCUGCAGAACAAUUACCUGACUGAUGAGGGUCUGGACAACGAAACCUUCUGGAAGCUGUCCAGCCUGGAGUACCUCGAUCUGUCCAGCAACAACCUGUCACGGGUGCCGGCGGGGCUGCCGCGCAGCCUGGUGCUCUUGCACCUGGAGAAGAACGCCAUCCGCAGCGUGGACGCAGACGUGCUGACGCCCAUCCGCAGCCUCGAGUACCUGCUGCUGCACAGCAACCAGCUGCACGCGCGCGGCAUCCACCCGCGGGCCUUCCAGGGCCUGAAGCGGCUGCACACGGUGCACCUGUACAACAACGCUCUGGAGCGCGUGCCCAGCGGCCUGCCCCGGCGCGUGCGCACUCUCAUGAUCCUGCACAACCAGAUCACCGGCAUCGGCCGCGACGACUUCGCCACCACCUACUUCCUGGAGGAGCUCAACCUCAGCUACAACCGCAUCACCAGCCCGCAGGUGCACCGGGAUGCCUUCCGCAAGCUGCGCCUGCUGCGCUCGCUGGACCUGUCCGGUAACCGGCUGCACACCUUGCCACCCGGGCUGCCGCGGAACGUGCAUGUUCUCAAGGUCAAGCGCAAUGAACUGGCGGCCCUGGCGCGCGGAGCGCUGGCCGGCAUGGCCCAGCUGCGUGAGCUCUACCUCACCGGCAACCGGCUGCGCAGCCGCGCCCUGGGCCCCCGCGCAUGGGCCGACCUUGCCCACCUCCAGCUGCUGGAUAUCGCUGGGAAUCAGCUCACAGAGAUCCCUGAGGGCCUCCCGGAGUCACUCGAGUACCUAUACCUGCAGAACAACAAGAUUAGCACUGUGCCUGCCAGUGCCUUCGACUCCACGCCCAACCUCAAAGGCAUCUUUCUCAGGUUUAACAAGCUGGCUGUGGGCUCCGUGAUGGAAAGUGCCUUCCGGAGGCUGAAGCACCUGCAGGUCUUGGACAUAGAAGGCAACUUUGAGUUUGGUGACGUUUCCAAGGACCGAGGCCAGUUGGAGGAAGAGGAUGAGGAAGAUGAGGAGGAUGAGGAUGAGGAGGAUGAGGAAAGUCGAUAGUGGCAGGGUGAACCGGAUUUGACAUAGGACAACGGACCGCCAGACCCCUUUCUGCAACAGGUACCUGUGCCCUGUGAGCCCCACUCUGCCAUGCUCACAGACACACCCAGGGCCGCCCUCACCAGCCACCCCACACCCCACCGCCACAACACAGGCUGGACACACAGUCUCCCACUCCCCCUUGCUCCUGUAGCACCCCACGGCCAGACACAUGCAGGCAACAUGACACACCCACACACUGCUGGCUGCACGGAGUGAGCCCACCAUCCAGUCCCAUUCUCCAUCCCACGCCCUCCAUCACCAUCAUGCCCUUGGACUCCUGUAGACUCAGGGAAGGGUCUGACCCUGCCCUGGCACUCACGGGUGCCUGCUCCCCUUGCCUUGGACCCCCCAUGUGCGUGUGCGCACUCACGCGCCCACACACACACACACACACACAAAGUCACAUGAAAACAACCCUCUAUGGCCUAUGCCACCGACAUAUCUUGCCCCAGCCAGAACUGGCCAGAACAGCCUGCUACCAGCUCAUCUGCCUGUUCGUCCGUCCACUGGAGAAGACAGAGUAAUCUUGGUGCUCUCUGUGGCCAGGUGCCUGCCACCCUCUGGAACUCACAGAAGCUGAUUUUUGUUCCUUUCCCUCCCUUUGGGGACAGAAACCUUUGGGACAGCUGCCCUGACUCCCAGCUGCCCAGGCAGCCUCUCCCUGCCCGGCCCUGGCCGGCCACAGGCACAUCUGUGAUGGAAACCCCAGUAAGGCCAGAGGGAAAAUCUCCUGGGAUUGCUGGGGCUGUGGGCACGAGUGAGGCGGAGGGGCAGGGCCAGGCAAGGAGGAAGGGCCCAGCUGCCCUGAUGACACACCUUUUUUAUUCUUUGGGCCUGCGGAAUGUUCUGGGUGCCUUGGGAUUUUUAACUCUUUUUUAAGAAAAAAAAUGAUAAAAAAACAAAACUGAUUUUUCUUGUUACAGAAAAACUAAUA